GACAGACAGACAGACAGACAGUGAGACAGAUUGAGAGAGAGACAUUGAGACAUACUGAGACACCCGAGAGAGAGAGAGAGAGAGAAAGAGAGAGAGAGAGAGAGCGUUGAUUUUUAUCACUGAGAGCUGCUCCGAAUCAGCGCCCUGACUAACAGUUUUUCUUACUGGAGAGAAACCCAAGAAGAAACUCAAAAAGAAGAAAAUCUGAAGGAAGAAGCUUUCUAAGUUGCCCAAAUGGCAAAAGCCACCCAGUAGACACUUAAUUACUUUAAGGGCAACAUUCAAUUACUAAUCCCACAGUCACUACAGCACAUAAAUCCAUCCAUACUGGAGUUUGACAGGUUUGAAGUGAACAUGUCCGGUGAAGAACAGAGUCUGUCGGAUGUGGAGUUGAGUCCCGGGGUGUCGGACGACGGUGGCUCGGCAUCGCCAGGUCACGUGGUGCACGCAGGAGACUCUCAGUCAGGAUCAGGAGGUGGGCCAGAUGACGAGGCGGCUGGAUUAUCGCACGCCGGGGUCUCGGUUAAAUCGGAGGAGGACGACGAUCGCUUCCCCAUCGGGAUCCGGGAGGCGGUCAGCCAGGUGCUGAACGGCUACGACUGGACGCUGGUGCCGAUGCCAGUGCGUGUCAACACUGGCAACAAGAACAAACCACAUGUGAAGAGGCCCAUGAAUGCGUUUAUGGUGUGGGCCCAGGCGGCACGACGCAAACUCGCCGAUCAGUACCCCCACCUGCACAAUGCCGAGCUCAGCAAGACUCUGGGGAAACUCUGGAGGCUGCUGAAUGAAAACGAUAAGAGACCAUUUAUCGAGGAGGCUGAACGUCUGAGGAAGCAGCAUAAGAAGGAUUAUCCUGAAUACAAGUAUCAACCACGCCGGAGAAAGAACGGUAAACCGGGUUCCAGCACUGACAGCGAUGCUCACUCUGAGAACGACGUUACCCACAGCCAAUCACAUUACAAGAGCUUACACCUGGAGGGGCAUGGUGCAGGGUCACCUCUCUCUGAUGGACACCACUCACACCCUGCAGGCUCAGCUCACAGUCCCCCGACUCCACCCACCACCCCAAAAACAGAGCUCCAGGGUGGCAAAUCAGGUGAGGGAAAAAGAGAUGGCGGGGCCAGAGGGAUGGGGAUGGGUCCAGAUGGAAGUUCUGCCUCUUCUUCUUCCUCCUCCUCCUCAAAACCACACCUGGACUUCGUAAAUGUGGACAUCGGCGAUAUCAGCCACGAGGUAAUGGCCAACAUGGAGCCGUUUGACGUGAACGAAUUCGACCAGUACCUGCCACCCAAUGGGCACCACCCGUCCGGCUCAGGCUCCACCUCCUGCCCUGCCCCAUCACCCUCUCCUUACUCCUAUUGGCUCUCGAAGCAGCAGCUGAGCUCAGAUAGCGUGAAGACGCAGAUCAAGAGCGAGUCGCAUUUCUCCAACAGCAGCGAUCCUGCGGUGGGAGGAGCUUCUGUGUCCGGAGGCGGGGCAUCGGCUCACGUCACGUACACGCCUCUCAGCCUGCCUCACUACGGCUCUGCCUUCCCUUCUCUGGCCUCCAGGGCGGCACCAUUCGCCGAGUAUGGGGAUCAUCAGGCAUCUGGAUCAUACUACACACACUCGGGUCAGUCUGGGCUUUACUCCGCCUUCUCCUACAUGAGCUCCGCCCAGAGGCCUAUUUACACUGCCAUCACUGACCCUGCUUCUGGAAAUAGCCCCACCCACUGGGAACAGCCCGUGUACACCACCCUGACCCGGCCGUAACAGAUACACAACACCAGAGACAAAGACAUUAAGAUGAUGAUGACGAUUUUGUCCGUCAUUCAAACACACAAAUUAUACCUUAACGGCUAAACAAUAUUUAACUGACUCCGCCAAGAAGUUUAUAUAUCAUCAUCAACACACACACACACUACUAGAGACACACUCAGUUGUUGAUUUGUAAUUUCUACCUUGCAAACCAACAAUAUUAGGCACUAAACUGCUUAGAUGAACCCUGUUUGGGAACCUUCAGAUCUAAAAUCUAGAGCCAAAGUGCAUUAAAUCUGGACCACAACUUACUGACUCAAGAUCUGUGCUCAAUAUCACUAGAGACAGAGCAAAGCCAGCAGAUCCAGGCCCACCGCUCAUCUAGUACGAAAACUACAGGAGCGUCUUCAGACCAACUGAGAUCCUUUGCUCUAAAAACCAAACCUAAUGCUUGUUGUGCCAAACCUUGAGCUUUUUCUGCCAAGUCUGGAGGUUCUUCUGUCCGAAUUAAAACCCGCUUGCCUGACCUGAGGCCUUGGCCAGCAUUGGGGUUGGUCUGUGCGGCUGCAGGUAGAUGCCCAAUCUGUCAAAUAUAAAAUGGUAUUAGUAUUAAUUUCCAUUUCGA